GUUUCUUCACGUAAUCUCACCGUAAUCUCUAUAUAUAAGCACACAAGCAACACAAUCGAUCAUAAACCAAAAAAAACGAGAGAGAGAGAUGGGGAAGGGGGGUUGGCUUCUUAACUUUCUGAACCAUGCCAAAAAUCAAGAAAGUGUGGAGAAUCUUGACAAAAACGGUGCCGUAAAGGCCCCAAGCAGUGGGUUUAAGAUGCCGUUGCAUUACCCAAGAUACACAAAGGAGGAUUAUGAAGAGAUGGAAGAGUGGAGAUUGGAUUUGCUUCUCUCGGAAUACGGACUUCUUGCCUUCCAUGACAAUACUCUCCAUGAGAAGCGAGCUUUUGCAAUCGACACUUUUAUAUGGCCUCAUCACCCAUAAUUUCAUCUCCUUCAUUUAUCUUGUUUAUAUUUCUUAAGAGUAACGGAGAUUGUAGAGAUACAACAUUGGAAGAGAUGACAAAAACCGGGAUAUCAAUCUACCGGAUAUAUAUGUCACAAAAAGAUUUUAGUAUAUUUUUAGUAAUUUGAUUUCUACUAUAUUCUUUAGUUUUCAUUAGAUCUCUUUAUGUUAUGUUAUCUAUAUAAGUUUGGCUUUGGAUUUUGCAUAUAUUAACCUUUCCGUUCAAUAAAAUAUAGUUUUACC